AUGGGAGCAUCUGAAAGACCAUCCAUGGGCUGGAUGCACAAGGAACCAGAAAUGCCAGUUGGUCCCCAACAGGAUGAGAGGAGCAGAGGGUGGAGGCCGGGAGGUGGGAGCACUGCCCCGUCCCCACUCCCCCCAGCCCUGUCCUUCCUCCUCCUCCUGCCGCUGGCCAGCGCCCUACAGCCUACUCCACUGCCCUUUCCAGCACUGAGGCUGGUGGGGGGCCCGAGCCGCUGCCAGGGACGCCUGGAGGUCCUGCAUGGAGGCUCCUGGGGCAGCGUCUGUGAUGAUGACUGGGACGUGGUGGAUGCCAGCGUAGUGUGUCGUCAGCUGGGCUGUGGCCUGGCAUUGCCUGUGCCGCGGCCCCUCGCCUUUGGCCAGGGCCGAGGUCCCAUCCUGCUGGACAACGUGGAGUGCCGCGGGCAGGAAGCUGCGCUGAGCGAGUGUGGCAGCCGGGGCUGGGGCAUCCACAACUGCUUUCACUAUGAAGACGUGGCCGUCCUGUGCGAUGAGUUCUUGCCCACGCAGCCCCCAAUGAGGAAGGUGUUAACCAGUAGAACGCCCCCUACGACUCCUCAGAAUGGGAAAGGUGAGGGCAGCGUGCGCCUGGUGGGGGGCGCAGGCCCGUGCCAAGGCCGAGUGGAGAUCCUGCACGGCGGCCUGUGGGGCACUGUGUGUGACGACGACUGGGGGCUGCCGGACGCUGCUGUGGUCUGCCGCCAGCUGGGCUGCGGAGUGGCCUUGGCCGCCACCACCAACGCCUUCUUUGGCUAUGGCACCGGGCACAUCCUGCUGGACAACGUGCACUGCGAAGGCAGCGAGCCCCGCCUGGCGUCCUGCCUGAGCCUGGGCUGGGGCGUGCACAACUGCGGCCACCACGAGGAUGCGGGCGCAUUCUGCGCAGCCCUGGGGCCCCCAACUCUCACAGCACUACCACACUCGGCCACAAGACAGGACUGGGCCUGGCACACAGAGCCGGCAGCUACCGGAGUUGGUGCCCAGCCUUCCGGGGAGACGGCACUAUCCACCACAGCAGCCUGGGCCGCGGGGAAGAAAAGCGGGCGGCUGCGGCUGGUGGGCGGCCCGGGCCCGUGCCGCGGCCGUGUGGAGGUGCUAUACGCCGGGGUUUGGGGCACCGUGUGCGACGAUGACUGGGACUUCGCGGACGCGCGCGUGGCCUGCCGCGAGGCGGGCUGCGGGCCCGCGCUGGGCGCCACGGGCCUCGGUCACUUCGGCUACGGCCGCGGCCCCGUGCUGCUGGACAACGUGGGCUGUGCCGGUACCGAGGCCCGCCUGAGCGACUGCUUCCACCUUGGCUGGGGCCAGCACAACUGCGGCCACCAUGAGGAUGCGGGCGCGCUCUGCGCAGGCCCAGAGGAGCUGGGACUACAAGUACAGCAGGACGGUUCUGAGACUACCCGUAUGCCCACUCCUCGGCCUAGGGAUGGGCACCUACGUCUGGCCAGUGGAGCCCACCGAUGUGAAGGGCGUGUAGAGCUCUUCCUUGGACAACGGUGGGGCACUAUUUGUGAUGAUGCUUGGGACUUGCGGGCAGCUGGUGUCCUGUGCCGCCAGCUGGGCUGUGGCCAGGCCCUGGCAGCCCCUGGCGAGGCUCACUUUGGCCCAGGCAGAGGCCCUAUCCUCCUGGACAAUGUCAAAUGUCGUGGGGAUGAGAGCACCUUGCUGCUGUGUUCUCACAUCCGCUGGGAUGCACACAACUGUGACCACAGCGAGGAUGCCAGUGUCCUGUGCCGGCCGUCAUGA